AUGUUGGCUAAGAAAGGCGGCCCGAAGAUUAGAGCCCCGAGAAGGGGUCUGACGAAAGACGAUGUCGACUUCGAUUCAACAUGGAACACUUUAUCCACCGCUUUCCAGGAGAUCUUCGCCAAGAAUGCUUCCAAACUCUCCUUCGAAGAACUCUUCCGCAAUGCAUACAAGUUGGUCUUGAAGAAAAAGCAGGACAUGCUGUACGAUAGGGUCGUACAACUGAUAGAGACAUGGCUGCGGGAAAACGUUCGAAUGAAGAUUCACGGUCUCAUAACGCCUGCUCUCUUGGCUGAUCGCUUGGAUCAAAAUGCCACCGUCCUAUCCGAGGAGAGCAGAGUUGCUGGUGAGAGGUUUAUUAGAGCUCUCAAAGACGCCUUUGCCGACCAUCAACUCUGCACCGGGAUGAUUACCGACGUUCUCAUGUAUAUGGAUCGCAUGUUUGCUCAGGAGCAAAAGAGACCAUCGAUUUUUGCAGCUUCAAUGGCGCUGUUUCGAACCCAGGUCCUCUACACUCCCUUGGAUGAUGACCCGAAAACCUCUGUGCUCUCCCUUUUAGAAACUGUUCUUCUCGAUAUGAUCAGGUCGGAACGCAAAGGUGAAAUCAUUGACCGGCCGCUGGUUCGUGCUUGUUGUUACAUGCUGGAAGGCCUCUACGUAACAAUUACCGAGGAGGAAACCAGUAAACUCUACCUCAUAUCAUUCGAACCCAAGUUCCUCCAAGCGAGUCGAGAAUUCUAUACGACCGAAGGCCAGACAUUGUUGGUUGAGGCUGACGCAAGUACAUUUUGCACCCAUGCAAGAAAACGUUUGGCCGAAGAACACGAGCGGUGCCAGCAAACCAUCUCCCAGAUUACAGAACACAAAAUUAAAAGCGUGGUGGAAAAAGAGCUCAUUUCUGCUCAUAUUCGCGAUGUCAUCAACAUGGAGGGCACGGGGGUUCAGAGUAUGCUGGACAGUGAUAAAGUUCAAGAUCUUGCCAAUGUCUUUGAGCUCAUCAGCCGAGUGGACCCGCGGAAAGCUGCGCUGAAGGAGGUGGUCAAGAAGCGCGUCAUAGGGCUCGGGAUGGAUAUCAACAAGGCCGCGAAUGUGAUUGUUGAUAGCACACCCGCACCGAAAGCCGCUCAGAAAGCCAGCACGGAGAGCAGAGGCAUUCAGCAGGAGAAGGCACUGAGCCAACAGACUCAGGCUGCCAUUGUGUGGGUGGAACAGAUUCUAGUCUUGAAGGCCAAGUUCGACAGGCUCUGGACCGAAGCAUUCCAGAAAGAUACAGUUCUGGAGAAGGCUUUGGAGAAUUCAUUCCAAGAUUUCAUCAACAUCAACGAGCGAAGCGCGGAGCAUCUGUCUCUCUUCCUCGAUGAAUAUCUGAAACGGGGCGGCAAGGACAAGAGUGAUGCUGAAGUCGACACAAUACUUGACAACGGCAUCUUGCUGCUCCAGUACCUCGCGAACAAAGACACGUUCGAGACAUACUACAAGAGACACAUGGCCAAGCGCCUCCUGAUGAAGAAAUCAGUCAGCCGGGAGAUGGAACGCCAGAUGCUUUCAAAGAUGAAGAUGAAGAUCGGAAACCAGUUCACCCAGAAGCUAGAAGGUCUCAUCAGAGACACCGAGACGUCGGACGACCUCAACAUGAAAUACAAGGAAUACGUCAACCAGCUCGGCGACCCCGACCCCAAACGCGUUGAGCUGGAUUGCAGAGUCUUGACCACCACUAUUUGGCCAUUCGAAACACUCAGCAAACCUGAUGACAACACUACCAAAACCGAAUGCAAGUUUCCAGCUCCAGUUGAGCAGGUCCGGCAGAGAUUCCAGAAGUUCUACCUUGAUAAGCAUACUGGUAGAAAGUUGACUUGGAUGCCUGGUCUCGGUGACGCUGACAUGAGAGCUACGUUCACGAAUGGUGGGAAGACCCGACGAUACGAACUCAACGUCUCGACCUAUGCCAUGGUCAUUCUCAUGCUCUUCAACGAGCUUCCACCUGGGGAAUCUCUAACCUUUGAACAGAUUGCGGCUGAGACAAAUAUUCCCAAGUCUGAGCUCAUUCGCAAUCUGCAGUCACUGUCGUUGGUUAACAAAUGGAGAGUCCUGCGGAAAGAGCCGGUGUCAAAAGACGUCAAGCCAUCAGACAAAUUCUUUUUCAAUGAAGAAUUCAGCAGCCAAUUCCUCAAGAUCAAAGUGAGUGUUGUUGCCGGAGGCGGUGGCAACCGGGUCGAGAAUCAGGAGGAACGCCGCGCGACUCAGAAACGGACGGAGGAGGAGCGUGGGAUCGUCAUCGAGGCCGCGAUCGUUCGAAUCAUGAAGUCACGCAAGAGUCUGUCGCAUUCACAGCUCAUGACGGAGACUUUGGCUCAGAUCUCGUCUCGUUUUCAACCGGAUGUGAACAUGAUCAAGAAGAAGAUCGAAUCGUUGAUAGAGAAGGAAUACUUAGAGAGGGGGCCCGAUCCAGCAAAACCUUCCUACAACUACUUGGCUUGA